CUGCUGAAGGAGAACCACCACCAACAAAUAUUUAUAUACUGCUUUUCAACAAAAGUUUCCAAAGCUGUUUACAUAGAUAAAUAAUAAAUAAGAUAAUAAAUAAAUAAGAUGGAUUUAAUAAGAAACCAACAUGGCUUCUGCAAGGGCAAGUCUUGCCUCACUAACCUUUUGGAGUUUUUCGAAGGUGUCAAGAGACAUGUAGAUCCAGUUGACAUAGUAUACUUGGCCUUCCAAAAAGCUCAUGAUAAAGUUCCCCACCAGAGGCUCUUGAGUAAACUUGGCUGUCAUGGGAUAAGGGGACAGGUUCGUGUGUGGAUUGUUAACUGGUUGAAAGACAGGAAAUGGAGGCUAGGGAUAAAUAGACAGUUUUUGCAAUGGAGGGAAGUAAGAAGUGGGAUUCCCCCAAGGAUCUGUACUGAGAACAGUGCUCUUUAACUUGUUCAUAAAUGAUCUAGAGGUUGGGGUAAGGAGCCAAGUGGCCAAAUUUGCAGAUGACACAAAACUAUUUAAGGCAAUGAAAUUCAGAUUGUGAAGAGCUCCAAAAGGAUCUCUCAAAACUGGUGCCAAGAUGAGUUUGUUUGGGUCAACCUCAGGGUUUGGAACAGGAGGAACCAGCAUGUUUGGCAGCGCAACUACAGAUAACCACAACCCAAUGAAGGAUAUUGAAGUUACUUCACCACCUGAUGACAGCAUUGGUUGUCUGGCUUUCAGCCCACCAACAUUGCCGGGUAAUUUCCUUAUUGCAGGAUCAUGGGCAAAUGAUGUUCGUUGUUGGGAAGUCCAGGAUAAUGGACAGACUAUUCCAAAAGCACAGCAGAUGCAUACAGGACCUGUGUUAGAUGUUUGUUGGAGUGAUGAUGGAAGUAAAGUGUUUACAGCCUCUUGUGAUAAAAUUGCAAAAAUGUGGGACCUUAACAGCAACCAGGCAAUACAAAUUGCACAGCAUGAAGCUCCAGUUAAGACUGUCCAUUGGAUUAAAGCACCGAAUUAUAGCUGUGUGAUGACAGGGAGCUGGGAUAAAACUUUGAAGUUCUGGGAUACACGUUCACCAACUCCAAUGAUGACACUACAGUUGCCUGAGCGAUGUUACUGUGCUGAUGUGGUAUACCCCAUGGCUGUUGUUGCUACUGCAGAGAGGGGAUUGAUAGUUUAUCAGUUAGAGAAUCAGCCAUGUGAAUUUAGGAGAAUAGAAUCUCCACUUAAACAUCAGCAUCGCUGUGUGGCUAUUUUUAAAGACAAAGUGAACAAACCAACAGGGUUUGCCCUUGGAAGCAUCGAAGGAAGAGUAGCCAUUCAUUACAUUAACCCACCAAAUCCUGCCAAAGAUAACUUCACCUUCAAAUGUCAUCGUUCCAAUGGCACAAACACAUCUGCACCUCAGGAUAUCUAUGCUGUAAAUGGAAUUGCCUUUCAUCCUGCCCACGGUACUCUUGCAACCGUAGGAUCUGAUGGUAGAUUCAGCUUUUGGGAUAAAGAUGCACGGACAAAGCUAAAAACAUCAGAGCAGCUGGACCAGCCAAUAUCUGCUUGCAGUUUCAACCAUAAUGGCAACAUAUUUGCAUAUGCUUCCAGUUAUGACUGGUCAAAGGGGCAUGAGUUCUAUAACCCACAAAAGAAAAACUAUAUCUUUCUGCGCAAUGCUGCGGAAGAGUUAAAACCCAGAAAUAAGAAGUAUUAAAUCCUGUGGAUGUCAAUAAGACUGGCAGGUGCCAUAAGAACUUCGGCUGGGGAAGGUGUCUCUACCAGGAAGUUAUCUAACCAUGUCUGCCUGGUGGGCCUCUUACUUGUGUCUUCUUACAGUACCACAAAAGAAGUGCUCAUAUCUACUGCUGACCUCCCCCCCCCCUCAUUAUUUAUGAGUCUUGUGGGGUGUGAACUCCACCUUUCCUUAAAGCUUCCUUCCAUGGUGGCCUUCUGUCUCCAUAAAUAUGAUUACAGGCACAUGUUAGGCAGCACUGACACUCUACUCCAACCGAAGCUUUUGAGCUGAAUUGUUUAACACUGACAGCCAGAAGACCAACUGCAGCUUAAAAUGUUCAAUAUGAAAAGCAGAGAAUUUGUGCUAUAACUCAUCCCAAAGCCUCACAACCAAAGGACAUGUGUGAAUCCAUGAAAGUAACAUCCCCUUCAAAUCUAUCUAGCUAAGACCCAAACAGUUGCCCUAGUUCGGUGAUUUUAAAUUGGCUCUGCUGUGGUAUGCAGAUACACUAUGAAGGUUUCCUCAGUGAAAUCAGAAAUGGCAGAGUACAUUCUUUAAAAAAAAAAAAAAGCAGCGUGGUCAUUGCUACUGAUCUUCCCACGCAACAUGCAGAUGCAAGUGAGAUCUAGGUUGUAUUUUUCCCCCUCCCAUGUGUGGCAAUGCUAAGGCUCAACAGCACCCUGCAGGAAUUAAAAAUGGGGUGUGUGGUGUGCAGAGUUCUCUGCAAUGUGAAAAGGUUCCAAGGCAGAUGUGCUGGAAUCCUUUGAUAGCCAAGCCCAUAUUCAAAAGGUUCCCUGAAAUUAGAAUGAUUGGGUACUGUUGCCCUACUUUACGAUCUCUGCUUUUUUUCUCCCUUCACCAUAAGUAUCCUGCAAAGGUGACAAAGCACACCCAGGCUUUUUCCAGUGGGUACUGGGCAUAAACAAAGCCAAGGUAAAGAGUAGUCCUGGUUCAGACAAUACUAGACCAUGAGUUAGCAUGACAUGAAUGAGCCUAAGGGAGCUGUGGGCUUGCACAUUCCCACCUCUCAUUCUCUUAUCAUGCAAGGAAAGGAGAGUUAACGCUUUUGCAAACGGCAGCUCUGCCUUGUAUGAACAUCUAGAAGCACUGCCUUGGAAUGUAUGUUUGUUAUGAUCAUGUUUGUGUUUAUUAUAAGCAGGACAGCUCAUCUUGUGGCAGCAAGCAUGAAUUGUCCCCUUGGCUAAGCAGGAUCCACCUUGUCUGCAACUGGAUGGAUAACUACAUGUAAGCACUGUAAAAUAUUCUCCUCGGGCAAUGUGGCUGUAACUCAGUGGUAGAGCAUCUGUUUCGCAGGCAGAAGCGCUCAGGUUCACUCCCUGGCAUCCCCAGGUGAGCUGGGAAAGGCUCCUGUCUGAAACCUUGGAGAGCUGCUGCCAGUCUGUAUAGACAGUGCUGAGCUAGAUGGACCCUUGGUGUGUAUAUAUAAUAUACCAGUGACUUGGCAUAUUAAAAUGUUCCCCUUAAAAAACAGCAACCUGCUUAAGGCAGUCUGAAACCUAAAAAUGCAUAGCAGUAGUCAACUGUCAAGAAUAGUGGUUGGCAUGCCACCUAACUGUGUGUGUGUGUGUGUGUGUGUGUGUGUGUGUGUGUGUGUGUGUGUGUGUGUGUGUAAGUAAAAGGAGGUGUGGAGACACCACAGGGGCCUGCACUCAGCCCUCUGCACAUCUGGUUGCGCCAGUAGGUAAAAUUCCCCAGCUCUUUAUUGCACUCAAGAAAAGCUCUAUAAGACACAUAACAUAAGGGUAUUCACACGUGGAGCCAAGCUAGGGCAGCUGAGCCAGGGUUAGGCUGCGUGUGUGAAGAACCAACAGCAGGAGUGAAGUCGCUCCUGGCACUGCCCCUGUGCCAAGCCUCACUAUUGAACCCGGUGUUGGUCGGGGUGGUGGACCUCCCACUCCCAGCAUCUCCCUCCUCCGCAUCACUGCUUGUGUGGGUGUGUGAUGCAGCAAGGGCAGGAUGGUGGUUGCUCAUCUGCUGGGGAAGGCAGAUGAGCUCCUGCCUUCCCCACAGCUCUCCCCCCCCCCAGCGAGGUCAUGUGACAGAUCUUUCUGUCUCUGAAUGAUGCCUCCACCCUUGCAGAACACUUCUGGAGCAUGGGCAGAGGUGGGAAGUUUUUCCAGCAACUGCAUGUGCAGAGCUGGUCUGGGGGAGUUGUGCAUGGGUCUCGCAUCUCCCCACACAGCUUCCUUGCACGCAUGCUUUCUUAGGUACAAUGUCAGCCACUGGCUUUAAAAGAUAAGUGACACAAGAGUAAGUUUGCCCUGAAUACAUUCCUUGACUUUAAACGUUCCAGCAGAACUUGCUAAAAAAUUAUGUUUCAACUGUCCCAGUAACUUGCUCUCCUUUUUGGCUUAUUAAGAAUCCUCAGUUCUCACUGCACCAUAAAAGGCUUCACAAAAUACACACAACUGUCCAUCCAUUGGGUAAAAAGCCAUUCUGACUGAUGCAGAGCACAUGAAUUUCCUGAGUUCUUUCCAGGCAGAGGUGCACAGAAGGUAGAUCAAGGAUCACCUAGUAAAUUUAUUUAUUUAAUUAUUUAUCAAAUUUGAGAAGUGAAUUUCUGGAUGGUUUGCAGCAUAUCAGCAAGGGUUUCUUCUCCCAAUUGUUUAACAAUAGCAACAAGAUUUUUAAAAAAUAGACUGUUAAAAUUCUUAAUCUGUAACAACCAAAAUAUAGAUUUAGGAACAUAGGAAGCUGCCUUAUACCAGGUCAGACCAUUGGUCCAUCUAGCUCAGUACUGUCCACACAGACUGGCAGCAGCUUCUCCAAGGUUGCAGGCAGGAGUUUCUCUCAGCCCUACCUUGGAGAUGCCACGGAGGGAACUUGGAACUCUCUGCAUGCAAGCAUGCAGAUAGUCUUCACAGAAUGGCCCCAUCCUCUAAGGGGACUAUCAUCUGGUGCUCACAUGUAGUCUCCCAUCCAGUUGUGAACUGGGCAGACCCUGUUUAGUAAACUUUUACUUGCAUAUGCAGAUUAUUUUAGUAUAUGGCUCAUAGGUAGAGCAAGCAAUUGGCUCCACUCCUUUGGCAACCAUUUUGCAUUUGUCUCCAGCUGGUAGGCCUCAGGAUUAUGGGGUGUUUGUUGUUUUUAAAAUGUAGAUCCUGUAAGCCAAAUGUGUGCCCAUCCAGGGAUGUCAUUAGGAGGUGGCCAUGGGGCACAACCUCUCAGUGAAUUGCUCAGAGCUCUGAAUCUCAUCAACCACCUCCUUCCUCCAUGGCCUCUUCCAGAAAGGAGUACAUCAGCGGAGGUACCUGCUCAGAGCCUGGGAGAGAGCUCCUAGCCUCACCUAGCUCUCUGGUGCUUCUAACAUCCUAGCUGCUGGAUUAUAAUAUUAGAGACUUUAAAAAUAUGUAUGUAAUUAUUAGCAGGGGACAGCAUUAUUGAGUUUGUCAAAAGAGAGCUGUGGGCCAGGCCCUGGAUCUUCUACAAUACCUAGGAAUGCUCCUGGCCCAUGCCUAUUUUAAAGUAGUUUACCAUCAUUCCGUUGUUGCAAAUCUUUAUUCAGACCAGAAGAUGGCAGCAUUUGCAUCUGUGUAUGAUUUGAAACCGUUUGGCAGAGGCCUUUGGAGUGUUUUGUAUAUACUGCCAUGUGCUAAUAAAAUAAAAGAAAUGAAACUUAAAAAAAAAGAAAAA